AUGAUCGAACUGUUUGCUCGCCUGAGGCGCAUUCUUAUGCCGCGUCGUUCACCAUCAUCUGCAUCGCCCUCCAGUCCACCUUGCCAAGAUCCCUCAACGGCUGUCGAACCAGAGGUGGUGGCCCUUCCAGGUCUAGCCAGGCUGCCGCCGGAGCUACUCCUACAGAUCAUCCAGUAUCUACCCGCCGAGUCAGCUGCGGUGGUCGCCUUAAUAUCGAAAUAUCACCAUGUGGCUUUGAAGCAGUAUGUUCUCCCCGAUCUCAGUGACAUGGCCGCCCAAAAACGCUUUCUUCGUCUACUUGAGGUGGAUUUGGCCGAGUAUAUCGCCUGUCACUACUGUGAUAUUCUCUAUCGAUGGCAAGCGUCUGCACCACGGUAUGAGUGUCCUCGACGCUUUCCCUGUGGGAAGUACCCCACACACACACUAGGGUCAGGGGAUGUAUACUGCCCACAGCAUUAUCCCAGCGAGCUACCCCUCGAGAUGGUCGCGGCCUUUUUGAGGGGAUACGAGCGCGGUCCUUCUUACGGCCCACAACUUCAAGAACUUCACCGCAAAUGUGAUGCCACACUGCCAUGGCACAAUUUGACCCCAAAUGUAUCGAGGGACACGGCGGCGCGGGUCGUCAAUGGGAAACUGCUACUUCGAACAUCCUACAGUUUGCAGGUGUCCUUGCAGCAAUCUUUGGCAGACCAACUCGACCCUCUAAGUUUCAUUGGCUGUCGCCACUCUGCUGGCACCCUUCCUGCUCUCGUCAUGGACGCGAUCGAUCACCUCGACAGUCCUUCCCAAGCACCACGGUGUUCCGAUUACAUCAAUUGUGCAAAUUGUGCAACAGAUCUGCGCGUUGCAGUCUCAUCUACCAAAGGUGAUCAGUUAGUAGCGCACAUAAUCACGUGGCAAUGCUUUGGAGGGCGUGACAUCGAGCAAGAAGACUACACAGUCCGGAAAAUGUUUGGCGAUACUUUUGUUCGCGCGGAUGAGCGCCAUGCGAAAUCCUAUCGCCUUGCUCUUCCAAGCCGAAAUCUUGAGCUACUAUACAAUGAGGGCCUCGGUGACGGUGGCAGCUUGACCGACGGGCUGCAACAACGGUACAGAUGCCUGCAUUGGUGGGACUGGUUCUAUCCAAAGUCUACGAACGCUCGGCAUGUUUGCCGCUACAAGGGUCCAGACUGA